AUGGAUCGUUUUAUUUUUAAUUUAACUAAACUUUUAUUCUAUAUAUUGAGUAUAUUAACUAUAAUUCUUGCUAUUACUGUAUUCGUUUUAUCUAUUCUUACAAUACAACGAAUAACAAUAAAUAAUCAUGAAAAAUAUGCACCAGAAAAAUCUAUUAUUAUUCAUGAUUUUUAUUUUCUUAUAUCAAUUUGUAUUAGUGGUUCAAUAUUAAUUAUAUUCAUAUCUUUAUAUGGUAUUAAUGCUGUUUAUUUUGAAUCAAAAAUUUUUCUUAUUAUUCAUGGAUUACUUCUUUUACUUAUACAUUCAAGUUCAUUACUUAUUGCUUCAGCUAUAUUUUUUGAUGAAAAACAAAUUGGUGCACCAGCUUCAUUAUUUUUUAAAGCUCAUUAUGAUUAUGCACUAUUAACAUAUUCAUAUCAACCUAUACAUAAUAAAUCAUUAUCAUAUAAUGAUCUUUAUUAUUAUGGAAACUUUUCUUCAAUAAUAAAUAUUACAUUUGAUAGUAUAUUAGAUCGUGUUCAUAAACGUCUUCAUUGUUGUGGUCUUAUGGGUACAUCUGAUUUUGCUAAAUUACAUAUACCUAUUCCACCAUCAUGUUUUAAUGAUAAUGGUAUAGCAUAUGAAUCAUCUUGUUUAUAUAAAUUUCGUUUAGAAUCAGUAUAUAAAGCUCAAAUAUUUGCUAUAUGUAUUUAUAUAAUGGGAAUUUUAACAUUAGUUUCAUUUAUAAUUGAUCUUAUUUUAUUACGAGAAUUUUUACAAGAUCAAUUACUUGAACAUGUUAUUGAAAGAUUAAUAAAUUUUUCGAAUAUAAUUGAACCAAUGAAUGAAACAAAAUCUCAACAACAAUAUCAAUCACUUAAACCUCAAGUACAACAAUAUAUUAUUGAUUAUUUACUUGAAAAUACUAUGUAA